AGUGCAGUCGAACAGUUGAGACGGUCGGCAGUGGACGAGAGUUGGGCAGUGGAUGCGGAAUUACUGCUGAGAAUGAGCACGCAGAGUUGUUUGGAACGACUGAACGAACAUCGACAGCAACAGACACCGUUGAGUGGCAAAAGUUAUGUGAUCUCUGGAGAGUUGUUUUGUCCAGCGACACCAAUCUCUGGUGCUCUGUACAAUGCGCAGAGAAUGGAGCAAUUGCUGGCGAACUAUUGGCAAGGGCCAAGUGAUGAGUUAGAGAGAAUAUUUGCUCAGUGUCGUGAAAAUCCGAAAAUAUUUAUCUUGGAUUCGAGUUGGUUUUUAAAUGAAAUCUAA